AUGGGAGAAGAAAGUAAUGCUCCUUUGCUAGUGUCGAGAGGUGGUGAUGAGGCGAGCAUCCAUGAUGCGGGUCUCGGGCGGAGGUUCAUGGCCGAGUCAAAGCUGCUGUGGCGAAUAGUGGGUCCCGCCAUACUGAGUCGACUUGCUUCCUACUCCUACAAUGUCAUCACCCAAGCCUUUGCAGGACACCUUGGGGACACAGAAUUUGCCGCCAUUUCUAUCCUCAUUAGCGUCAUCACCGGUUUCGAUUUCGGCCUCUUGUUGGGGAUGGCAAGCGCACUGGAGACCCUGUGCGGGCAGGCGUACGGGGCCCGCCAGUACCACAUGCUGGGGAUAUACAUGCAGCGCUCGUGGAUCGUGCUCAUUGGCGUCUGCAUAAUCCUCCUCCCGCUCUACUUGUUUGCGGGCCCGCUACUUCUACUGCUGGGCCAGCCCAGGGAGGUGGCUGAGCUGGCGGGACAGCUGGCGUUUUGGCUGAUCCCACUCCACUUUGCCUUCGCCUUCAUAUUCCCCCUGCAGAGGUUUCUCCAGUGUCAGCUGAAGAAUGCCGUGUACCUGUGGUCGGCCCUUGCGGGCCUCGUCGUGCACGUGGUCGUCAACUGGCUUUUCGUCAAAGUAUGGGGGCUGGGGGCCGUGGGUGCCACCGCCACCCUCAAUAUCUCGUGGUGGGUUUUCAUAUUCGGGAUGCUCUUCUACACAACAUGCGGAGGCUGCCCGGGGACUUGGAAUGGAGUCUCCAUGGAGGCAUUUUCCGGUCUAUGGGAUUUUUUGAAAUUAUCCGCUUCUUCUGGGGUCAUGCUCUGUCUGGAGAAUUGGUACUACAGAAUAUUGGUAUUGAUGACCGGAAACAUGAAGGAGGCCGCUGCUAUUGCAGUUGACGCGUUAUCCGUUUGCAUGGCUAUCAAUGGUUGGGAGAUGAGUAUUCCACUCUCAUUCUUUGUAGGAGCAGGUGUAAGGGUGGCUAACGAGCUCGGUGCCGGAAAUGGGAAGGCGGCGAGAUUCGCAACCAUAGUGUCGGUGGUGACGUCGACUGCAAUAGGUUUGGUUAUGAUGGCCAUUGUUUUGAUUUUCCACAAAACAAUCGCGCUCUUUUUCUCCUCGAGCAAACCCGUGCUCGACUCGGUCAACGGGAUGACAGUCCUAUUGGCUUUGACCAUUCUCCUCAACAGUGUUCAGCCAGUUCUCUCUGGUGUGGCUGUGGGGUCGGGGUGGCAAGCACGUGUGGCCUACAUUAACAUUGGCUCAUAUUAUAUGGUUGGCCUCCCACUUGGGAUCUUGAUGCAGAGGGUUUUUGACUUGGGUGUUAUGGGAGUAUGGGGUGGAAUGAUUUUUGGUGGAACCGCGCUUCAAACUCUAAUUUUAAUCUUCAUCACAUGGAGAUGUGAUUGGGAUAAAGAGGCAGAGAGGGCUACCCAACACGUGAAAAAGUGGUCGCAAGUUUAA